ACAUCUCAUUCUCAUUCAGUUUCCCUCUUAUCUCAGGCCUUCUCCAUCUAUCUUCUGAAAAUAAACUUAAUAAAGCAGAAUGAGAAGUGAGCACAGAGAUCAUGAGGCAACCAUACAUGGUUCAGGAGAGUGGUUGAGUUUAGGUAUGGGAGGAGAAAGCACGCCUUCAAACCCUGCUUCUCCCAAGUUGUUUUCAUGUAAUUUUUGUAUGCGAAAAUUUUACAGCUCUCAAGCAUUAGGUGGCCACCAGAAUGCUCACAAGAAGGAAAGAGGUGCAUUGAAAAAGUACAACUUGGUGGGUAUGGCAUUCCAUAAUCCCAUGUUAAGGUCUAUGGGUGUUAUACACCAUGGAAUUAUGCAUGGUCAAGGGAGGGAUAAUGGAAAUGGAAGUAUAACAGUGACAAAGUUUGGGAAGCCUCCUAAUACAAGGUUGUCUGUGUCAGGGCUGUCUGAUCCAAUGGACAAAACAGCAGACUCAACAUGGCCAAGAAGUUUUUGGUUCAAUCCUCAAGAAGCAGAGGAGCAGUCCUCCUCCUAUCCUAAUAAGCUAGACCUAAACCUGAAGCUGUAAAUAUUGAUUUGACUAUCUUUCUGCUGUAAAUAUUGAAGUUGAAAUUAUUACCAUUGUUCCAAAAGGUUGAAGCCUGGAUAAGAGAUUGGAAAGUAAGGAAAUGCCAAGGAAAACGAUUUUUAUUUUCCGAAUUACUCCACAAAGGGCAAAGGAACAAGAAAUAUGAUUACUUUUUAAUAAUUUAUUUUACAAAAUAUAAGAUUGCUUAGUAUUUAUAUGACAAAAAUUGACAAACAAAGUGAAUCCGUCUUUGAAGUUAAAUUUGAAUUCCUCACUACAAUAUUUCUUUCCAAACUAUGUUUCAAAUUAGUUGCCCGUGAUUACUGUAGUAUUACUAGUAUGUACCAAAAUCUAUUUUAAUUUGUAAAUGUGUGUAACAAAUUAGUUAUAAUCAGAUUCAUUUUUUAUGUCUCAAUUUUAAAAGUCUUAGAAUAUAUUGGCAUCUUUAAAUGCUCAAUCUUCUUGUGAUGGUUGAGAAAAAGUUAGGCUCCCACCAGGCCACCAGGGGCGGAGCCAGAAAAAUGUGUGAGGGGGGUCGGAAUUUAAUUAUAUACAGUAUCAAAAUGAUGGAUAAUUAUUAAUGUACACAAUACUUGAGUUAAAUGUUUCAUAUGUAGCUGAGAUAAAUGGUAGUUUAAUGAGCAUUUUUCGGUUAAUGUAUUGAAAUAUAUGUAAUGUGUCAUAAUGUUCACACAACUAAUGACGAAAUAAGGUGUUUUAUUUUUAAAUUUAAUAAUAUAAUCAACGUCACACAUCAAACUUUGCUUAUUUCAAGUUAAGAUAGUGCUGAUUUUUCCAGAAGUCAUAACUUUUUACUCGUAAAGAGUUACGGGACCCAUAAUAUAUCAAAACGAAGGCAUUUCAAAGCUCUACAUUCAUAAAUUUUCAGCGGGGUCGGCUGACCACCCUAACCCCCCUUGGCUCCGCCCCUG